CCCGCUUGCUUUUCCGCCACAGUUUAAACUGGCAGCUGUUAUGCUGUCAAGACAAGAAAUUUGCUAGUGUGAGAGACGACAGAGGUCUAGAACUUUUAGAUAUAGCCCAAACAAGAAAGUAUAGUUGUUUAUUGCUCUUAACAGUGUCUCUUUACCAACCUGGCUAGCUGUUUUGUCUUAACCUGACUGGAGCUACUCGGCAAUAAUGUCUCUACCUCCAGAGAAAGCUUCCGAACUGAAGCAAAUCAUUCACAAUCAUCUGCUCAAGAUCGACAUCCAUGGGAAGAUCCGAGAGGUGUUGGCUGAGACUGUGAGGGAUGAUAAAGACUCGACUCAUCGGUCUCUGUCUGAAACAGAUUUCCUACAUGCUCUGCAGCGUAGAGGCAUCAUAGAUGAUGUGAUGAAAGACCUCCAUUUUACCCAGGAGACAGACACAAAUGCAGAAACAGGAUCUCCUCCAAAACCUGCUACUCACUUUAUAGACAAAGAUAUUACUCAGCUGAAGAAAACCAACAUAGACCCAUCAAGGCGGUACUUGUAUCUCCAAAUGCUUGGAGGUAAGGCCUUUCUGGAGCACCUACAGGAACCGGAGCCUUUUCCUGGUCAGGUGUGUUCAACAUUUACACUCUACCUACAUUUCCGCAACCAGAGGUUUCGAUCAAAACCUGUGCCCUGUGCCUGCGAACCUGACCUGAAGGAGGGCUUCCUCUUAGAGAUCCACAAGGAUGGCAUCGGAGAAGGCAGUAAGAUGGCGGAUGCGACUGCCAUGCUGUCUAUGUGUGAUCCAGUUCACUUUGUGUUAAUCAAGACAGACACCUCCAGUGAGACAACGCUGGUCUCGUCCUACUUCCUGGACUGGAGGACAGUUCUCACCUCACCCACUGGCAAGACGUGUUUUGCUGUAGAGCUGAUGGGAGUCGGAAGUGAAUGCAAAGUUCCAGCUGGUGUUUUGACUGUGAGCCUGGAGCUGUACCCUCCUCUAACAGAGACUCUGAGCGCCGACAUCAUCAGCACACAGCAAUCGUUGGAGAGACAGAGGACGGCAGAGAAGGAGCGGCUCUUCCUGGUUUAUGCCAAACAGUGGUGGAGGGAAUUCCUGGAGAUCAGACCAUCACACCAGUCCAAACUGGUCAAGAUCUUUGCGCAGGAUGAGAAUGGCGUAAACAGACCAGUGUGUUCCAAUGUACGUGUUCUCCGGGCAGGACGCCUCCUGGAGAGCCCCCGACAGGCGGCCCGAUUCGUCAGCCUGCUGGCCCAUGAGAAGGCCCCAGUGGUGGGCGGAGGAGGCAAGCAGGAGCAGUGGUGCACGUUAAUGGCUUUCCUCUGCAGAGGGAAGGGCGACUGUGAGGACCACGCCACCCUGCUGUGCAGCCUCCUGCUGGGCUUUGGCCUGGAUGCAUAUGUGUGUGUGGGCACCAAAGCCAAAGGAGCUACACAUGCCUGGGUGCUGACCCGCGGUACUGACGGGAGCAUCACCUUUUGGGAGAGCCUGACAGCACACAGAUACCUGCACCGGGCCAUAGAUCCAGAUGCCCCACCGCUGGCUCCUACACCCAAACCCUCAUCCCCCUACCGCACUGUGGGCUGUGUCUUCAACCACCAGACCUUCCUGGCCAACUGCCAGCCCUCUGAUGCUGUGGAGCUCUGUGUCUUUGACUUCCAGAAUCAGUCACGGUGGAAAGCGAUGAGUGAGGAGGCUCUGAAGUCUGUUUGUGCCCCAGGCUCCACCACCUCUCUGCCCCCUCUGCCCCCUCUCUGUGCCCCAUCUCUGGAUCCUGCUGCUGCCAGCAACCACCUGGAACUGGAGAUGCGUUACCUGGUGUCAGAGCACAGGAAGGAUCUGGAUCUAGCGACAGUGUGGGACGACCACCUGUCCUACCUGCUGUCCUCAGCCCUGUCAGCCUAUGAGCUGGAGCGCUGUACCGGCGUCUCCUGUGGCAACGAGGAGUUCCAGGACGCAGUGAGGAGGGCCGUACCAGAUGGACACACUUUCAAAGGCUUUCCUAUACACUUCCUGCACCGCAAUGCUCGUAGAGCCUUUGCCACCUGCCUCAGGUCUCCAUUCUGUGAGGAGAUAGUGUGUUGUCGUGGCGACCACGUGAGGCUGGCGGUCCGUGUUCGGGUGUUUGUAUACCCUGAGAACGCAUGCGCAGUGUGGCUAAUGUUUGCAUGUAAAUACCGCUCUGUGCUCUGACCAACAGACGGGCGGUGUCCAAAAAACAAUUCAGAAACUACCAGCUUGUGUUGCAGACUGACCCCAGACAAUAUUCUAUAUCUGCAGAAUGAACCAUAUGGACACGGGGCUCUUAUAAAAACAGCUGGAGACACACUGAGACUAAAUCACAUUUAAUUUGUACAGAAGUGUUUGGGGCUCUCCUCUGAUGCCUUUAUUUUGUAGUCCACUAUACUCAUUGCUUGUACAGACAGUUACACUAUUUAUUUUUGCAAAUAAAGAGAAUUCUGUUCAUCUUA